AUGACGCUUAGCACCACCUUUGCCCAAGCCUUUACCUCCUUUGCCGCGACCGGACAUUCUCGGUUGUCUGAAUUAUCGUCAAGGUUUAAAAAGGGAAAGGUCUCGCUCUAUGUUAAAUUACUGCAGAACAGAAAUUACUUUUCAAUCUAUACCCUUCAAUCUGACCUCUCGGGAAACAUUAUUUUUGUAUUUACAUAGAUUUGUUCUUAGUAAAAGGACAACAAAAGAAUAUUAUAAUUUUCUUUUCGCCCCACUGUCUAUUGUAAGGCAUGCAAAUCAAAGCAGGGUGUCUCCGAAGCCGAACCAAUCAGAAAUGCAUAAAUCCUUAAAUAUCCAAUCGGCUUGCGACAGCCUCCUGAUAAAUCGCGGCCAUAAAAUUGCCCAGCUUUCACAUAGAGCCUUUAAUCUUCUGAACAUCAGUUUCACAGUCAUGGCCCGAACCAAGCAAACAGCGAGAAAGUCCACCGGAGGAAAAGCGCCUCGUAAACAGCUGGCUACUAAGGCAGCUCGAAAGAGCGCUCCUGCUACUGGUGGCGUGAAAAACCGCACCGUUACAGGCCAGGAACAGUGGCCCCAGAGAGAUCCGUCGUUAUCAGAAGUCCACCGAGUUGCUGAUUCGCAAGUUACCGUUUCAGCGUCUUGUUCGAGAAAUCGCUCAGGAUUUCAAGACCGACUUGCGCUUUCAAAGCUCAGCCGUGCUGGCUCUUCAAGAGGCUAG